UCUCCAGAGCGCCAUAUGGGGGUUUCAGACCGGUAGGAGGGAUUUGGGGAGGUGGGGAUGACCCUAGGAAGUCUUGAUAAGUGUCGAGGGUUUUGAACUUUUGACAAGGGGAGGAGCCAGCGUGGUGUGUGUGUGAGAGAGAAACAAGGGCUCCAAAGUCGAUAGAGGAAGCUCUUUCAAGCAAUCUAGUUCCAACCACCAACAGCACCAGAAAACCACCCGUUUAUAUCCAAAGGGGAAAAAGAGAAGGAAAGUUGGGCGAAAUUAAAAAAUUUAAGCAAGAUUAAAGGAGCCCCACGCUCUUCAAGGAAACCAGGUCGAGGACCCGGAUCCAGGAUGAGCGCGGCCGGAUCUUCGCAUCUGGGCAUGUUUACGGAAAGCGAGCUGAUGUCCGUGGGCAUGGACACGUUCAUCCACCGGAUCGACUCCACCGAGGUCAUCUAUCAGCCACGCCGCAAAAGGGCUAAACUCAUUGGCAAAUACCUAAUGGGGGACCUCCUCGGUGAAGGAUCUUAUGGCAAAGUGAAGGAGAUGCUGGACUCGGAAACCCUCUGCAGGAGAGCAGUCAAAAUCCUCAAGAAAAAGAAACUCCGGCGAAUCCCCAAUGGGGAGGCCAACGUGAAAAAGGAAAUUGAGCUCCUGAGAAGACUACGGCACAAAAACGUCAUCCAGCUGGUAGAUGUAUUAUAUAACGAGGAGAAGCAGAAAAUGUAUAUGGUGAUGGAAUACUGUGUAUGUGGAAUGCAGGAGAUGCUUGACAGUGUGCCUGAGAAAAAGUUUCCGGUCUUUCAGGCUCACGGGUAUUUUUGCCAGCUGAUCGAUGGGCUAGAGUACUUACAUAGCCAAGGUAUCGUCCACAAGGAUAUCAAGCCAGGGAACCUCCUGCUCACAACCGACGGGACGCUCAAGAUCUCCGACUUAGGGGUAGCGGAGGCGUUACACCCAUUCGCAGAGGAUGACACAUGCCGAACGAGCCAAGGGUCACCAGCAUUUCAGCCGCCCGAGAUAGCCAACGGCCUCGACACUUUUUCGGGCUUCAAAGUGGACAUCUGGUCCGCCGGGGUCACGCUAUACAAUAUCACGACUGGUCUGUACCCCUUUGAAGGUGAUAACAUCUACAAAUUAUUUGAAAACAUUGGCAAGGGGGAAUACACGAUUCCCGAAGAUUGUGGCCCUCCACUCUCUGACCUCUUGAAAGGGAUGCUUGAGUACGAACCAGCCAAGAGGUUUUCAAUACAGCAGAUACGGCAGCACAACUGGUUCCGUAAGAAACAUCCCCAGGGGGAGCCUCUGGUCCCCAUCCCUCCCGGCCCAGAAACCAAGGACCGGUGGCGGAGCAUGACGGUGGUGCCUUAUCUGGAGGAUCUGCAUGGCUAUAAUGAGGACGAGGAUGACGAACCCUUGGACAUGGAAGAUGAUGUCAUCUAUACUCAGGACUUCACAGUCCCAGGACAGGUGCCUGAUGAAGAGCCCGGUCAGAAUGGACCGGGCCCUGGUAGCCAGGAACCACCCAAGCCAGUGUGCAUGAACGGCACGGAGACCGCCCAGCUGAGCACCAAAUCGAAAGCCGAGCGCAGGGCCAGCGCCUCCUCCAACCCCUCCCGCAAGGCUUCCUCUUCCAGCAGCAAGAUCCGCCGGCUCUCGGCCUGCAAGCAGCAGUGACCCCUUCCUGGGCGGAGGAGGGAGGCCGCCGCCCUCACAGGCCGGCGCAGUGUCCUUGGACGUUCCAAGUGUGUCUGACCACCAACUGAUGCAAGAUGACCUGGGGGAUUUCCCCCACCCCCUUCCGGGAACGAAGCCCCCCCCGUUCUCUCUGGUCAGCGGGGGACCGCUGACCCCCGGUCCCGGGCCGCAAAGAGGAGUCGGGCGCCAGAUGUUCCCUUUGGCCAAUGGCCACCAAGUUCAUUUUUAAGUUCACAACUGGGCACUGCCCCUUUCCCCCUCUGCAUCCCCCCCAGAGUGAGGCAGGGGGCAGAGAGAGCGAACCAGGGCGGGCGGCCCUCUUCUUCACGGCUCCUGCUCCUCUCCUGGCCGCGUAAAACUUUUUUGUGCAAAGCCAUCUCAAUGCACUUUAUGUUUUAGACUACUGGUAUCUCUCUUGGGUUUUGUUUUUACUUUGCAAUAUAUUAGAGACUUUUCUCCACAUCGUUAUGUGUUUCGAACAAACCACAACCCCACAAAAAGCAACAGGUAUUAAAAAAAACUUCCUAUUAAACUACGUUGCAUGCUGUACAGGGCUGAGCAAGGGGUAGAGGGGAGAGGUGCCCAGGGCCUGGAAUUAUUUUCUUUCUCUCUCCUUUUUUUUUUUUAAUUAAAAGGAAAAAAAUAAAACGGAGAGCUGUG